ACAGACACAGACGGCGGCUUAAGCAGGAGAGUAGUGAAGUCAUGCUUCAGCAGAGCUCCCUCUUCGCCACCGCCGAUUUCGGGUUCAGGCCGUGUUUGGUUCUCCCCAAUAAUACCAAAAACCCAUUCUUCUCUUCCUCCAUGGACCUCAAACCAACCCACACCAAGCUCCCAACUUUUACUCCUGCUUCUUCUUCUUCUCGCUCGCUAAACCAGGCCUUGGCUUGCCGGGCGUCACGUGACUCUCACGUGACCCCUCCUCCCAGUGGAGAUGGUUUAGCUGCUGUUGUUCAUGGAUUGUCUGAGACCAUUGUGGGUGUUCUUGGAGGAGGCCAGCUGGGUCGGAUGCUGUGCCAAGCAGCUUCACAAAUGGCUAUUAAGGUGAUGGUAUUGGACCCACAGGAGAAUUGUCCGGCGAGUAGACUUGCCUAUCACCAUAUGGUUGGGAGCUUUGAUGACAGUGCCACUGUCCAAGAAUUCGCGAAAAGGUGUGGAGUGUUGACGGUGGAAAUCGAACAUGUGGAUGUGGAGACAUUGGAGAAGCUUGAGCAGCAAGGAGUAGACUGCCAGCCGAAAGCCUCUACAAUCAGAAUAAUACAGGAUAAAUAUCUUCAAAAGAUUCACUUUUCGCGGCAUGAUAUUCCACUUCCUGAAUUUAUGCAGAUAGAUGAUCUGGAAGGUGCCAAGAGGGCAGGCAACCUCUUUGACUAUCCUCUAAUGAUAAAGAGUAAAAGAUUAGCUUAUGAUGGGCGUGGAAAUGCUGUUGCUAAGAGUGAGCAUGAUCUUUCUUCUGCUGUAACAGCUCUUGGAGGGUUUGAUCGCGGUUUGUAUGUUGAGAAAUGGGCCCCUUUUGUAAAGGAGCUGGCCGUCAUUGUUGCUAGAGGAAGAGACAAUUCUAUCGUGUGCUAUCCUGUUGUUGAAACUAUACACAAGGAAAACAUUUGUCACAUUGUCAAAGCACCUGCUAACGUGCCAUGGAAGAUCCGAAAGUUGGCCACUGACAUUGCAUCUAGAGCUGUCAGUUCAUUAGAAGGCGCUGGUGUGUUUGCGGUUGAGUUGUUCUUGACAGAGGAUGAUCAGAUUUUGCUAAAUGAAGUAGCUCCCAGACCUCACAAUAGCGGUCAUCACACAAUAGAGUCUUGCUACACCUCACAGUAUGAACAGCAUUUGCGGGCUGUUGUUGGUCUUCCACUUGGUGAUCCAUCAAUGAAAACUCCUGCUGCAAUUAUGUACAAUUUACUUGGUGAAGAUGAGGGGGAAGCUGGUUUCCACCUAGCUCAUCAAGUGAUUGGAAGAGCCUUGAGUAUUCCAGGGGCUACUGUUCAUUGGUAUGAUAAGCCAGAUAUGCGGAAGCAACGGAAAAUGGGUCAUAUUACCAUUGUUGGACCUUCCAUGGGCAAUGUGGAAAAAGCUCUGGAUUCAAUGCUAAAUGACAAAAUAUCUGAUAGUCAGUCCGCUGCCACACCGCGUGUUGGGAUCAUAAUGGGUUCUGAUUCAGAUCUUCCUGUUAUGAAGGAUGCUGCAAAAGUUUUGAUUAUGUUUGAAGUGCCUCACGAGGUUAGGAUAGUUUCUGCGCAUCGAACUCCCGAUUGGAUGCAUUCUUAUGCCUUGUCUGCCCAGGAAAGGGGAAUUCAGGUCAUCAUUGCUGGUGCUGGUGGCGCAGCUCACUUGCCAGGAAUGGUAGCUGCAUCCACUCCAUUACCCGUUAUUGGUGUCCCUGUGCGUGCCUCUACAUUGGAUGGAGUUGAUUCGGUUCUAUCUAUAUUGCAGAUGCCAAGAGGGGUCCCGGUUGCAACAGUUGCUAUAAACAAUGCCACCAAUGCUGGUUUGCUAGCAGCAAGGAUGUUAGCUGUUUGUGAUGCUGAUCUACUUGCAAGAAUCAGCCAGUAUCAAGAAGACACAAAGAGCGAAGUCUUGGCAAAAGAUGAGAAGCUACAGAAAGUUGGUUGGGAAUCUUAUUUGAAUCCUUGACAGCCAAAGCACUCUGGCAAUGUCUGUUCAAGUUUUUGUAGUUUCACUUUCUCUUGAAGUCGGUCUCCUCAACAUGCUAUUAGACAAGGAGAAGUUGAAUUCCAACGAAGACUACAAGAGAAGGUAUCUAACAGUUCAUUGAGACGCUGUACAAUGGCAAAAAUUGAAGGUCUUUGCUAACAGAAAAGUUAAUGUAAUUUAUUUGAAGAGGCUUCAUAGUAAAAAAAAAAAUGAGGGAAAAUGAGGAAAGAUGAUGAGUCAGAAGAAACUUCUAUUUAUCUUGUAUCAGUAAGUAUCACCACAAGUUACGUCUACCCUUCGACAAUGAACAAUUUGAAGGGUUUUGUAUGUUUCGGUCAUAUUGAAUGUUUUCCUAUUGAGUUUUCAUCUUGUGACAAAAGUCACAAAACACUUGCUUACAAGA